AUUAAUUGUUUGAAUAAUUAUAGAUCUGCUCUUGAUGCUUGGGGAGUUUUUUGUUUGUUUGGGAGGGAGCUUUGUUCAGGUUGUGUCGGGUGUUAUAUCCCAAUAAAACCUGGAGUUUUCCCUCCUUGGGUUCCUCAAACGCCCUCAGGAACUGGAUUGGUGUUUCCCCAAAAUUUUGGAUUUGUGGGUUUGUGUUUUCCCAAAGUUUUUGGAUUUAUGGAUUGGUGUUUCCCCAAAAUUUUGGAUUUGUGGGUUUGUGUUUUCCCAAAGUUUUUGGAUUUAUGGAUUGGUGUUUUCCCAAAGUUUUUGGAUUUAUGUAUUGGUGUUUUCCCAAAGUUUUGGAUUUGUGUUUUUCCCAAAGUUUGGGGAUUUGUGAGUUUGUGUUUUCCCAAAGUUUUGGAGAAGCUUUGGGGGAGCUGUAGCUCUCCUGCCCCCGUGGAGUGUGCCUGGAAUGGGUAAUGGUGUGAGAGAAGGUGCAGUGGAAUUCCAGAGGGAUGUGGAGCCCCUCCCGGCCCGAGUUCCAGCAGAGGAUAACCAGGAGAAGAAGAAAGUGCUGAACUCUCUGAUGUCUGGGGCACUGGCUGGGGCUGUGGCUAAAACUGCAGUGGCUCCUCUGGACAGGACAAAAAUCAUGUUCCAAGUGUCUUCAAAAAGAUUUUCUGCCAAGGAAGCUUACAGGCUGAUUUAUCACACCUACCUCAACGAGGGUUUCUGGAGCCUGUGGAGAGGGAAUUCUGCCACCAUGGUGCGGGUGAUCCCCUACGCCGCCAUCCAGUUCUGCGCCCACGAGGAGUACAAACAGAUCCUGGGGAACUACUACGGAUUCCAGGGAAAACCCAAAACCCAUGUGAAAUCCCCGUGUGAGCUGCCUGAUGAGCUGGGAGCUGGAUUAAUUACCACUUAAGCCAUCAGGGAGCCGUGCUGGGAACGUGCCAGGCUCUGACCAGCGCAGGUGUGCUCUCCCCUGUGUCCCCACGGCAGGUACAGCAGCAUUGUCCACGUUUUCAUCCGAAUAUCCCGGGAGGAGGGGCUGAAAACCUUGUACAGGGGCUUCACUCCCACCAUCCUGGGGGUCAUCCCCUACGCCGGCCUCAGCUUCUUCACCUACGAGACGCUGAAGAAAGUGCACGCAGAGCACAGCGGCCGGGCGCAGCCCUCGCCCCCGGAGCGGCUGCUGUUCGGGGCGUGUGCCGGCCUCAUCGGCCAGUCGGCCUCGUACCCGCUGGACGUGGUGCGGCGCCGCAUGCAGACGGCGGGCGUGCUGGGCCACUCCUACAGCUCCAUCCUGCUCACCAUGCACGACAUCGUCCGCGAGGAGGGACUGGUGCGGGGCCUCUACAAAGGGCUCAGCAUGAACUGGGUGAAGGGCCCCAUCGCCGUGGGCAUCAGCUUCACCACCUUCGACCUGACGCAGAUCCUGCUGCGCAAGCUGCAGCACGGCCCCGGCCUCGACAGCUAGUGGCUUUGUGCAGAAAGAAAUUCGUUCUUCCUUUUC